UCAAGCAAGCUUCUCUCAUCUCUGUAUCCCAGUAACCUAACCCAUUCCAAGCCUGAGGCACCACACCUUCUUACGCGUUAAGCAGCUCGACCACCUCAAACAAAGAUGAAGAUCGGGAAGGCUUCUGAGCUCGUGAAGAAGGCAGCAGCGAUGUGCAAGAGCAAGACCGGCGUGCUCGCCGCCAGGCUCCUCAUCCCCGCCUCGCUCCAGCGCCGCAGGAUGGCCACGGCACCAGUGGUCUCUCACAAGAUCGACGCGCUCAUUAUGGCCGACUGGGAGAGAGUUGACUGCCACAAGGAUCUCACUCUCCGCACGGUCGAGAAGAGACUGGUCGUCGUCCAUGAGGAUGAUUUGGCGGCCAAUUUCUCUCAUCACUUGGCGGUGUUCAACCAAGAGAACGGUCAUGGUGGCUGCCAUACUGACAGGACACUGCAUCCCCUCUUCAACGACGACCACAAGAACUGUCGUUACGCUUACGAUGGUGAUGUGCCACUUUAUUCAUGUGAUCAAGACGAUGAUGAUGAGCCUUCAGUCAUGGAUGUGAUCAGGAAUAACCGAGAAGUUGAGGGGCUGGAGUUCAAUAUGGAGGAGGAGAUUGAUCAGGCCGCCGAUAUGUUCAUUAGGAGGUUCCGGCAGCGGUUGAACGAGGGAUUUUAGGGUCUUGUUUGCACAUGCAUGUACCUCGGUCUAGCGAGUUGUCUUCUU